AUGGAUCGAGCCAGCCAGCUGUACCAGAAAGCUACCGACGACGUCAACGAUCAAGACGCUCGCGAUGCGCAAGAUCUCGCAGCCCUGGGCCAUGCCCAGACCCUUUCUCGCAAGUUCAGCCUGCAGAGCAUGUUUGCCCUGGCCUUUUGCGUCCUGGGAACGUGGUCUACCAUGGCCCAGGACUUGGCCACCGGUCUGGCCAACGGCGGCCCGGUCGGUAUCCUCUGGGGCCUCGUUCUCGUCACCGUGUGCAAUACCUGCGUCGCCAUUUCCCUGGGGGAGCUGGUCAGCAGCAUGCCCACGGCUCUCGGCCAAGGCUACUGGAUCUCCCAGCUCUGGAACACGCGCUCGGGCCGUUUUGCGUCGUACAUGUGCGCCUGGAUCAACACGCUCGGCUGGUGGACUCUGGCGGCUUCUCAGAUUGCCUUCAUGACGCAGUUCCUGCUGUCGUUGAAGCUCAUGUUCGACCCGGACUGGGAGGGUGCCAGCAAGGGAUGGCUACAGUUCAUCAUCUACGUGGGCAUCGCCGUCACUUGUACCCUCCUCAACUACUGUGCGUGUCGCAAGGACUGGAUCCUCCCGGCCAUCAACAACUUUGUCGGAAUCACGUUCGCGGGCCUCUUUGUCUCCUUUUCCGUGACUCUCCUCAUCUGCGUCGGGACGAGCAGCAGGCUCUCGUAUCAGUCGGCUUCGUUCGUCUUUGGCCGCUGGAUCAACCAGACGGGAUGGGGCGACGGUGUCGUGUGGUUCCUCGGCCUGGUGCAAAGCGCCUACGGCCUCACCGCGUUCGACUCGGUUAUACACCUGGUCGAGGAGAUGCCAGCGCCCCGACGAAAUGCCCCUAGAACAAUGUGCCUCGCCGUGCUUUUCGGCGCUCUUUCCGGCUUCGUCUUCAUGGUGGUUUGCCUCUUUUGCAUCCAGAGCGUUGACGGAAUGCUGCAGCCCGCCGCGGGCAAUCCCUUUGUCGAGCUAUUGCUGUCCACCGUGGGGCCGACUGGCGGCGCGGUCAUGGUUGCGCUCUUCAUCUUCAACGGCCUGGGCCAGGUGUCGAGCGUGCUCACGUCAUCUUCCCGGCUGACGUGGAGCUUCGCCCGAGACGGCGGGUUCCCCUUCGGCCCCUGGAUUUCCCAGGUCGACGAGACGUGGAAGGUCCCCGGCCGUGCUCUGUGGCUGCAGUGCUUCAUCAUCUGCUUCGUCGGCGUGCUCUACCUGUUUGCCAACGCCGUCCUGCAGGCCAUUUUGAGCGUGAGCACCAUUGCUCUGACCAUCUCGUACGCGCUGCCGAUUGGGGUGCUAAUGGCGGUCGGGCGGGACAAGCUCCCCGCUGGCGGCGAGCUGAGGCUGGGCAGGCUCGGGCCCGUUCUGAACUGGGUCUCGGUCGUCUACUGCUCCAUCACGACCGUCUUCUUCUUCUUCCCAAGCUCGCCAGAGCCCGCUCCAAGAGACAUGAACUUUGCCAUUGCCGUGUUUGGCGUCAUGCUCGUGCUGUCGUUGGCCUUUUGGCUCGUCCAGGGCCACGAGACGUUCAUGCAGCUGGGGCAAGGGGGAGAGCCAGUCUUGUACGCGCAGCACUGCGGAUCGAGCCAGGAUGGCACCUCUUCUGCCGAGCUGCGCCACUCAUCAGCGUCGGUUCAGCCGCGCAAGCACACCACCAAGAUGCGAGUUUCCGCUGGCGACUGA